GGUCAAUCAACUGACUUCCAUAUAUGCCCCUCCCUCUUCGGCCUGCCUUUCCCUUCGUCGUUCGCGAAACCCUAGAGCAGAUGGACGGCCACUCCGCCCCCGUCCGCUCUCAGUCCGCGUCACCGUCGCACUCUGCCUCCGCCUCCAGCUCCGUCCAUCACAAGCGCAAGUUUGCCGGCGGCGCUUCCGCCGCAGCUCCUGCUCCUGCCCCCUUUUCCCUAUCCGACACCGGUGCCCUCACCUCCAACGAUGACCUUGAUAGUGUCAGCGCGAGGGAGGAGGAAGACGAUUCCGAGGAGGAGGCUGACGAGGAGGAAGAGGAGGAGGAAGAAGACAAUGACUCGAUGCGUGUCUUCACAGCUGCCCGCCUCGAGAAUGCUUCGGCCCCUUCCGGACUCGGAAGUAUUAGAAGCACCAAGCCCCCAAAAACCGAGAACCCGACAGUCAAGAUUGAACCUGCAGGUGCUGGGAUGCAGUCUUCGGGCAGUAAAGAUGACCGUGGGACGGUCGGCCAAUUGGCCCAGCAAAACAUCUCCACUGUGAAUUCAAUCCCUGGUAUCAUUGUUAAGGAGGAGGUGAAGAGUAUAUUUACUGAGAAUAUACAGACCAGUGGGGCUUAUAUUGCUAGAGAGGAAGGACUGAAGAGGGAGGAAGAUGCCGUAAGGCUCAAAUUUUUGUGCUAUGCGAAUGAUGGUGUUGAUGAACAUAUGAUUUGGUUGAUAGGAUUGAAGAAUAUCUUUGCAAGGCAGCUUCCUAAUAUGCCUAAGGAGUACAUUGUUCGUCUUGUUAUGGAUAGAAGCCACAAAUCAAUGAUGGUUAUCCGACAUAAUCAAGUAGUUGGUGGAAUUACUUAUCGCCCAUAUGCCAGCCAGAGAUUCGGGGAGAUAGCUUUUUGUGCAAUCACAUCAGAUGAGCAAGUUAAAGGAUAUGGCACAAGACUCAUGAACCACUUAAAACAGCAUGCUCGAGAUGUUGACGGGCUAACUCAUUUUCUAACAUAUGCUGAUAAUAAUGCAGUUGGCUAUUUUGUGAAGCAGGGUUUUACAAAGGAGAUUACCUUGGAGAAAGAAAGAUGGCAUGGGUACAUAAAGGAUUAUGAUGGAGGCAUUUUGAUGGAAUGCAAAAUUGAUCUGAAGCUUCCAUACACUGAUCUAGCUACCAUGAUUAGGCGACAAAGACAGGUUUGUUGGACUAUGUUUCUUUGAUUUUGGUGCUUUUUG